CGUUUAUGUCGCUCAUUCGCUGUGCAACAGUCAAAGCUUGUGGACGUACCUGGCGAGCAGUGAACGGUGUUUUCAAACGGUGUUAUGUUCUGAGUUUUAAACUGGGCUUAAACGAACGAGCGUGUGUGAGUGUGUGCUUUUGUGCGUUGCUUUCCUCGCGUCUUUACUUCAUAAAUAGUAACAAAAGCAACGAAAUAUCCAACACAAAUAGCAAAGUGAGCAAUAAACAAACGGCUAAAGAAAAUAUAUUUCUAUAGUGUUGUUGUACUUACUUUUGUUGUGUCUAAAAGAACUGUGGUUAAAAGUUAAGGUGAAAAUCGUCAGCAUCCGAAUGUGAAGUAGAUGGAAUACAGAGAAUAAAGAGAGACUAUAAGCAUAAGCAACCAAAUACAACAACAAAGUGUAGGUCUCGCAAGACAAUUGCACUGAGUAUUAUUCAUUAUACGCUUUAAGUGUGUUCGUACUUCGUGUGUAAUUCGAAUGGAUGCAAAGUGAUCGCCAAAGCCAGACUCUGAAAUUCACUAAAGCGAAGCAGAGGCAACAGUUAAAAAAGCUACGAGCGCAAAGAAGCAGCAAAUAAGCCAAUCAGCUAGCCAACGAAAGAGUAUUCAUCGAAAGUUAUUUAUUCAUAUAGUAAACCACUUUGCAAUUUAUACAUAUACAUAUAGUAUACACUCACUCGUAAGGUUAUUUUAGGGUGUGGUGCGUAAAAUUUACCCAGAAAUAAUUUAAUAAAUCACGUGAAAAUCGUCAGUGUACAACUUAUAAUAAAAAGAAUUGUAUUGCAAUGAGCCUGUUGUCAAGAAAACAGCGAUCGACAGCCAACUUCAUGGCCAACACUAUGUCCUCAUCGUUCACCUUCAUAGUCGCCAUUGUGGUAUGCUUAUUGGCGCUACUGGCAGGCAGUGCGCAAGCGCAGCGUACUCCAACAAUUUCGUACAUCACACAAGAACAAAUUAAGGAUAUCGGUGGCACGGUCGAAUUCGAUUGCUCGGUACAGUACGCGAGUGACUAUCAAGUACUGUGGUCAAAGACGGAUGCCGAUCCCGUCUUCUUGUCGACCGCCUCAACGUUGGUGAUUAAAGAUUCACGAUUUUCUCUACGUUAUGAUCCCAAUUCCUCCACAUAUAAACUGCAAAUCAAGGACAUCCAGGAGACUGAUGCAGGCACAUACACCUGUCAAGUGGUAAUUUCCGUCGUACAUAAAGUCAGUGCCAAUGUGAAGCUUUCCGUUCGUCGUCCACCCGUCAUCUCCGACAAUUCAACACAAUCGAUAGUGGCGAGCGAAGGCAGUGAAGUGCAGAUGGAAUGCUAUGCCAGCGGGUAUCCGACGCCAUCAAUUACUUGGCGUCGUGAGAACAAUGCCAUUCUACCAACAGGUAAGCUCAUUGCUUUGAGAAAAUUAUGUAUAAUUUUUCAGGAUAACAAGAGACUUUCGUUCCACAUUCAAGCACUCGUGUUUUUUAUAGUUAAAACUGUACUAGAAAAUUUUCUUUCCAAUAACAAGUACUAACGUUUGUCCUAAUGCUUUUUAUGCUUGGAUGACCCAAAUAAAAAUGCCAAUUAUAAAAUCUA